GACUCGAGAGAGAUGGAGUCAAGAGAGAGAAACUCCGAACUCACACAAAGCUUUGUUCUUUAAGCUCUCUCUGUUCUCGAUCUAAAAAGAAAUCGAAGCUUUUGAUCAGAGAGGGAGAGAGAAGAGGAUUUCUGGAGAGAGAAAGCUAGGGUUUUUCCUGCAUAUUAGAUUUGGGUCUGUGUUUGGUCGAUGAGAGAAGAUCGGUCGGAAAUGUCAGAGGACGAUGAGCCAUCUAUGCAAUUGGAUCUCAGCUCCGCCGCAAUCUCCGAGCCCUGUUCUUAUUCCUCGCCCUCGUCCUCCUCCUCCGCCGCGGCUAACAAAUCCCGGAACUGCCACUCCACUUCGCCGGUGGCUCCGCCGCCGUGCCUUGAUCAUGUCCUCGAGAACGUCCUUGAGAACGUGCUCCAGUUCCUGACCUCGAGAUGCGACCGCAACGCAGCGUCAUUGGUGUGCAGAUCGUGGUUCCGGGUCGAGGCUUUCACCCGAUCCGAGGUCUUCAUCGGAAACUGCUACGCGCUCUCGCCGGUCAGGCUCACGCGCCGGUUCAAGCGCGUGAGGUCCCUGGUGCUGAAGGGGAAGCCUAGGUUUGCUGAUUUCAAUCUCAUGCCUCCGGAUUGGGGGGCUAACUUCGCGCCCUGGGUCAUUGCAAUGGCCAAAGCUUACCCGUGGCUUGAGAAGGUCCAUUUGAAGCGCAUGUUUGUCACAGAUGACGAUCUGGCUCUCCUCGCUGAGUCGUUCCCUGGGUUCAAGGAGCUUUCUUUAGUUUGCUGUGAUGGAUUUGGGACCAGUGGCAUCGCCAUGGUUGCUAGCAAGUGCAGACAGCUAAGAGUUCUUGAUCUGAUCGAGUCGGAGGUAACAGACGAUGAGGUGGAUUGGAUAUCUUGUUUCCCGGAGGGUGGAACCCAUCUGGAAUCUUUGACUUUUGACUGUGUGGAAGCUCCUAUCAAUUUCCAGGCGUUGGAGAGGCUCGUAAUUAGAUCACCGUUCUUGAAGAAACUUAGAGUGAACAGGUUCGUCUCCAUAGAGCAGUUACAUAGGCUGAUGGUUCGAGCCCUGCAGCUGAUGAGCCUCGGGACAGGCUCGUUCAGCCCAGAUAAUAUGCCUGACCCCGAGCAAGAAAUGGAUUAUGCAUCCGCAUUCCGUGCUUGUAAAUCCAUUGUUUGUCUAUCAGGAUUCAGGGAAUUGAUGCCCGAGUACCUUCCCGCUAUUUAUCCAGUUUGUGCUAAUCUCACCUCUCUGAACUUCAGUUAUGCUAACAUUACUCCUGAGAUGUUUAAACCUGUCAUCCGCAAUUGCCACAAACUGCAGGUCAUCUGGACUAUGGACUCGAUAUGUGAUGAAGGACUCCAAGCAGUGGCUGCAUCAUGCAGGGAACUUCGUGAGCUUCGGGUUUUUCCGUUUGAUCCUCGGGAAGACAUUGAAGGUCCUGUCUCUGAAGUAGGUCUCCAAGCAAUCUCUGAAGGUUGUAGGAAACUAGAAUCUAUCCUCUACUUUUGCCAGCGAAUGACAAAUGCCGCUGUGAUAGCCAUGUCCGAGAAUUGUCCUGAGCUGAUUGUUUUCAGGCUUUGUAUAAUGGGUCGCCACAGGCCUGACCAUGUGACGGGAAAGCCAAUGGACGAGGGGUUUGGUGCCAUAGUUAAAAACUGCAAGAAGUUAACCCGGUUGGCAGUGUCAGGUUUAUUGACUGAUCGAGCUUUCAGCUAUAUUGGAGAAUACGGGAAAACGAUCCGAACACUUUCUGUAGCAUUUGCUGGGGACAGUGACAUGGCUCUGAGAUAUGUCCUCGAGGGUUGCACGAAACUGCAAAAGGACGAAAUCUCAAACUUAAAUAAAUCCCCCGCUCUUCGGGCAGGUAUGCAUCGUUAUUACGACAUGAGGUUCGUUUGGAUGUCAGCUUGUACCAUAUCUCGGCAAUGUUGCGGGGAUAUGGCACGUGCUAUGCCUAAUCUGGCGCUGGAAGUGAUCGAGUCGGAGGAUGAUGAGAGCAAGGAUUUUGUCCAGACGUUGUACAUGUAUCGGUCCCUCGAUGUCCCGAGGAAGGAUGCACCGAAGUCUGUCACCAUUUUAUAGAUACCUUCAAGUGCAUUUGAGGGCAAGAAGCAUUUUGAUACCUUUGGAAUUUCUUGGCCGAAAACAGGGGCAAUCACGGUGACACUUAAAGCGCCGAAAUCUGUCAUCGAGGAUGCAAAAUCCGGUUCCUUUGGCGGGUUUUCUGCCAAAAAAAUGCUGCGUUUCAUCGGAAAGCUACCGUUGGAAGAAGGAUAUCUCAGUUUCUUAUCUCUGUAAAUGCGUCAAAACAAAACCUCCCCAUGAUUGUUGUAUCAUUAAUUCUGUCACUCUUUUUGUGGAUUUGGCAUUCGUUCAUCGUUUUACCAGCAACAGGGAAGGAGGGUAUUUAGGGGAAGAGAGUGAACUCAAGAGAGGGCCCUGUUAAUGCCAGAAAGCACCAGGAGCAGGUAGAACAUUUCAACAAGAAACACAAAGCGUCUUACGGACAUGUACUGUCUCCCCAAGGACCUGUUUAGUUUAGACAAGAUCCCAAAACAUUCUGGAAAAUUUUUCUUUGAACCGAAUCGAAACUUCUAGAGUUUUUUUUCCCGCUUAUUUUUCGAUCUUA